GAGUUAUGUUAUACAAGUGGCAAAUUAACGGUCUGGAUCCCAAUCGAACAGAUGGUAUUGAUUCUCAUUCGCCCGUCACCAGAAUCAAUUGCGACACCCAAUGUCACCGGCACGCUUCACUCGCUUUCAGGGAACGAACUGAUUCGCCGACAGAAUUCUCCGGCCUUCAAUGGAGAAGAGGCUUCGCUCAACCUUCCGUACUUCACCAGUAGACUUUCUAUUGUCAGCUGCCAAACAAGGGUUCAAAAGCGAAUCGAAGCCCCAUCUCAGAACCCUAAUUCACAGUCUCAAAGCUUCUCCUGAGAUCGUGGGUUCUCUCCCUACGGCCCUCUGCAACUCCAUUUCUCAAGCAAUUCAGAAGUUAAAGAACCUCAACGACCCGAACUACGACGGCCCAGACCUUGCUUCGGGAGAAAAUUCCCCCAAGACGCCUCCGCCCAAGAGGGUUCGGAGGUCUGGUCGAAACCGGGAAAAAGAAGACGUCGAUUCAAGCGCAAAAGAAAGCAAGGACAGAACUGAAGAUGUCAGGCAGUCUGUUUUGGAAACUUUGCAGUUUUUUGCUUACAUUUUGCUCCAAUGCAUAUCACAUCCUAGAGGUAUAUUCAAUGCUUCUGACUUGCUACCGGCUGCUCGUGAGUUGCAUAAUAAUUUGGUGUUAUUUGAAAUGGAUACUGGUCUGUCAUGUGAAACUGCUAGCGUAUGUGAGGUGUGGUGGAAAAGGGAUUUAACAGGUAAGGAAUCACUUAUAACUCAGUCACUGCCGUUUAUGUUGUCUAGGGCUUUGACUUUUAAGAAGAAAAUCGAUGUGCACAGAGUGUAUGCUAUGCGUGAAGCGUUGUUGUUGUUUGAUUUUGAAGAUGACAGCAUUGCAGAUUUGAAGCUACUGAUGAUGAGAUGUUUGAUUUCACCUCUUUUCUUAAAAACGGAAAAUGGCAGGAAGUUUAUAGCAUUUAUGUUUGGAUUAAGCAGGCAACUAGUGAAAGAGGCAUUGGCAAUGAUUAGGUCACAGGUUCCUUUUGGGCGUAAAUCAGCUUUGGAGGCUUUUGGGGAAAUAUCUUUCAGGGCAUGGAAGACGGCAGAAGGGGAAGCAAGGAUUGAUAUAGAGGAUGGGUUCUUGCAAUUGAUGAUUGAUAGUGCUAUACAUGCAAGCUCACCUGCAUUUUCUGCAUCGAUUAGGAGGAUUUUGUGGGGUUUCAUUUCUCAGAGAACUACUGAUGGGGUUGAAAGGGUCCUUUUUCGUCUUGCCGAGCCAGUCAUUUUCCGCUCCCUGCAGGU